CAGCUAUCAAUUUCAAGGCUUACGUUGUUACGUGCAUGUGUGGCUCAAAUCCCUUCCAUUGAUUCAAUUUCACUACCAUUUUGAUUAGUAAAGUCAUCAAUAACCAAACACCUUUUUAAAACACACAAAACUCUGUUUUUUCCCCUCUUUCUCUGCCUUUUCCCCUGGCCCUCCCAAUUCCAAUAAAAAAAAAUCGAUCACUCUUUCCUCUCCUUCCAUUACUCCGCCAUGAAUGAUCAAUUAGCAAUAGUAAGCACCAACAGAGAAAACCAUGAUCAUCAUCAUCAUAAUCAAAGUCACCUUCAAGAAUCCGAUCAAGACGAAGAAAUAAUUCGAGAUAUCCAUGCUCUGACCCCACCAAGACCACCUUCUUACCGGGCUGACAGCCAUAUCCACCGAUCAGAAUCUCUGUCCGUAGCAAGUGAAGGAGCUUCGAGUGAGAAUUUCACAAGUAUGAGCCGGGAAUUCAAUGCUUUGGUCAUAGCUGGAUCAACCAUAGUUCACAACGGCAGCGAAAUGGAUAACAACACAGUCCAUUCUUCAAGUCACAAUUUGGGUCGGAUUGGAGAGGAUGAUGAUAUACCUGAUGAAGAAGAGACUAACCCUUUGGCUAUUGUCCCUGAUUAUAAUCCGAUUGGCACCGGAGCUUCUCCGUCUAGCCGGUAUCCGGCCACCUCCACCGGAGCUGCUGCUGCUGCCGGAAGUUCAUCGAUGAUGACGACGUCGAGUGGCGGCGGCGGCCAUCACCACUCUGUUCAGAGGGUGAAGAAAGAGGAGGUGGAAUCCAAGAUUAGUGCAUGGCAAACUGCAAAGGUUGCUAAGGUUAAUAAUAGGUUUAAGAGGGAAGAUGCUGUUAUUUCUGGGUGGGAGAGUGAGCAAGUUCAGAAAGCUAAUUCUUGGAUGAAGAAAGUUGAGAGGAAACUUGAGGAGAAAAGAGCAAAAGCCCUGGAAAAGAUGCAGAAUGACAUGGCGAAAGCCCGACGAAAAGCAGAGGAAAGAAGGGCAUCAGCAGAGGCCAAGAGAGGGACAAAAGUAGCCAAGAUUCUUGAAAUAGCUAACUUGAUGAGAGCUGUUGGAAGACCCCCAGCCAAGAGGUCCUUCUUCUAAAGCCUAAAAAGUCCACAACUUACAGUGAAAAAGAACAAAAGUACAGCUUGAGAAGCAAUUAUUAAGUGGAUGAUUGUUUUUUUACCUGCUUUUUUUUUUAACCCUUGGGGUAAGGGUAAAAAAAAAACCUUUAGAAUGGAUGAAGUGUGUCAUCAAAAUUUAGCUAUUUCUUCAGAAUGAUUAGAAAACAAACUGAAAAUGUAUACACUGAACAUGGUUUGUGUGCCCUUUUUUGAUGGUUUUUGCUGCUUCAUGUGUGUCCUGACAAUAUUCAGGACUUUAAUCUUAAUAGUCUUUGAAAUGUCUGACGUUAUGGAUCUUCAGAAUUACAUUCCAAAUGGGGAUGCUCAAAAAUCAGCUGUUCUUGAAUCCUUGUUGAAUAUGAAGUGUGCUAUAUCAUCUUCUGGUUCACUGCACGGUUUUUUUGCUGAAUUUUCUUGUACAGCUUUUAAUUAAUCAAAAAACUGCAUUUCUC